AUGCAUAUGGACUAUGAGGGUGAAUACGCCGACAAUACGUACCAACCGGGCAAGAUGAACCCAGAUCCAAACGAAUAUGGAUUCUCAUCCACACCUGCACAUCCAUCCUACCACGAACGAGAAUAUCUCAACAUGCCGCAACCGCAGCCGCCGCGGACCGACCCGCCAUUCCUAGAUCCAUACAACUAUCCGUCACGCCAGCGCUCCCCCAACCCAAGCACCGGCCACAUAAACGACGCAGUCAACUCCGCAGUGCAAAACAGUGGGCCUAACGCCUAUCUGUCGCCAGAGAUACUAUCGCAAAUCACAGCCACGGUGAUCCAGCAGCUUAAGACAACCGGGUUAGACAAUCUACAAGGAUCUGGCACACCCCCGCCCCGCUCGCAAUCGCAACAGCCACCAUGGCAACCCGAUGCAUCAUUGCGUCCGCAUGCAGGCUCCCCGCCUACUGUACCCCCGCCGCGAAGCAGUUCGAUUCCCCCUCCCAGCUCGGCCUCCGACAAUAUCUACACUAGAGAUUUCCCGGACGCGCACCAGGGCUACGCUAGUGAUAGUCCUCUCAGUCGAGAACCGGCUUUGGACCCUUCUGAGGAUCCUGCCGCUGUGGAUGGUUAUUUGUCGAGUGGGAAUAACGAUCACGGGCAACGCGGUCAGUAUAAACCGGAGCGGCCGAAGGGUCCGGAGCGGGACGCUACUGUUGUGGGAAUGAGUACAUUAGAGCGGUAUUGGGGGAAAUUGUUUGAAGAUGGGAAGCCGACAAAGAGGUUGGGUCAGUUUUUGCGUGGUAUUGCCAUGCAUUUGAUUGAGGACUAUCCUCCUGGCAACACCCUCGUUAUCCCGCCGUAUAAGAUGCAAAAGUUCUAUGAAGAUACCCAUUGUCCAAAUGAUCCUUAUGAAUGGCAAGACAUUUUCGAUGACAGAACAUCCUCACUCUCCAGACUAUUCCGCGAAAUCGACGUUGAACACCACCUCAUCCAAAAAGAUCUAAAAUCACGCCCAGAAACCCCAGGCCUAACACCAAAAGGCUUCGAGAAAUGGGCCACAUUACUGAUCCUCGCCAACCCGGAGAGAGAACACGAGCGCCUCCAAAGAGCAGUCCGGAACAUGCCAAUCAACAACCCAGAUGACAAGAAAGAGCGGUUCCCCAAAGAAAUCCCCCGCCGCCUCUUCCCGGAGAUCGGCGACCUCGAAAUAAGAGAGGACCUAGAGGACCGCCUAAUGCUCCACUGCGGCGUCGACAUGCUCGAAAUAACCGAAGAAGAACGCGCCCAAGCCGCACAAUCAAAGCGCAUCUCCACCUCCACCAGCGCACCGUCCAUGGAGCGCACCCAUUCAUACGAGCGAGGCCGUCCCCGCCCCGCAACCCCCAUCCCGGCAUCCGCCCAGAAACCAAGACCACGACCCGUCUCCAUGGUCACAGACGACGAAGACGAAGACGAACCCAUCCCCUCGGUUCCCAUCGAGCGCGAGCGAAAGCCCUACAGCGCCCAUCCAGGCGGCGGCAAAGUCUACGACGAUUCAAAGCCGAAGCCCAGUCGCAGCCACGCGGGCUCUUUCUCGAAUCCCCGGUCCUCGGAUGCAAGCUUUCACGAUAUGGGAUCUGGCUCGACGUCUACGCCCCGAAUGUCCGAUUCGUAUGACCGUGACCGUGAUCGUGACCCGCUAUACCAACGGCGCUCUGGGUCUGGUGCGUCCGCUGAGCAGCGGUACCGUCAAUCGCGCAGUCCGUCGCGUGGCGUUAAUCAUGGAAGGCAUUCGGAUAGUGAUGGGCUUGGUCGUGAUGGGUCGAGAUAUGCGGGGUUGUCGGCGCAUGAUUUGCAUUAUGUUGAGUCGCCGACUUCGAAUCUGCCCUCUGAUGCGGAUGAGAAGAGGAGGUAUCGAAGAGGGAGUCGCGGGAGUCGGGGGAGUGAGGAUGAUUAUUAUCGGGGUGGUAGGUCUAGUCAUGGGUAUGCGGGUGAUAAGUACUAUCGCUGA